ACGACAGAAUGCUGGUCCACCACUGGAUGGUGCUCUGCCUGAGCUGGCCCCUGUGCGGUUCUCAUUUUUUUUCGGAAACCGAUGCUGGCAAGUUUCUGAGGCAUCUGGAAGUCAUACCAGAUAUAAUAGAAACUGGACCGCAGGAGUUUCUCAAUGUCACGUAUCUGGGAUUUCUUCAAGCCGAUCGCGGCGUGGAGCUGCAGCCAAUGCAAGUGCGCGAUGAGCCUUAUGUGGCCUGGCGUGCACCCAUGACUAACUAUUACACGCUGCUGAUGGUCGACCCUGAUGCGUCCAGCGCCGAACAGCCCACGCACCGGGAAUUUCUGCACUGGAUGGUGCUCAACAUUCCUGGCAACCAGCUCAUCAUGGGGGAUGUUCGUGUCGGCUAUGUGGGAGCCACACCGUCCUCAGGGAGUGGCAUGCACCGCUAUGUCUUUCUGCUCUACAAGCAACAGGACUACUGUAAAUUUAUUUUCCGAAAGCUGCCCAAGCACAUUCUAUCGGGACGCGGCAACUUCUCGAGCAUGGAAUUUGCGGGACGCUACAAGCUCGGUCAUCCGGUGGCUGGAAAUGUCUUCACUUCUCGCUGGAGCACCGAUGUUCCAGCCUUGUACAACUCCAUUUCGCGGGGAUUACACCAAAAAAUCACUCUAAUGGAAUCGACAAGUUAAAUGUAAGGCUGAAGGUAACUAAGGUUGUUCAGCGAUAUGCAAUAUUGCAAUAACAAACCC